UGACGGGAUGCAUUCGGUGUGUCUCAUUGUAUUAGAAUAUGGGUGGAUCACUGGGAAUUAGGAACAUUCGUCGGACAAUUAUCGGAAGAUGGUGACCUGAUCGAUUGUUCUGUCGCGCUUAUUCUCGCCGUUUUAUACAUUCUCGACAUCGACGACAACAAUCUACGCUUCGAGAAGUUAUCUGUUUUUGUUUAUCUUUUUCUGGAAGGUGUCGAUUUGCGGCAGUCGUCGUUUGCAAGGUUGUGAAAGCGAGUGCUGGAUGAUUGACGUUUACUAUUCAUUAAACGUGGUGAAACCACUGCAGCGUGGCCUGGACGAAACGUACUGGCAACGGAAGUUUAUUUGGUUGCUUAGAUGGCAUAAGCACGUGCAGACCAGAAGCAAUUCGAUUGCUAAAAUUGUUGAAACAGCUGAGUCCUGAUUUGGAAGCAAUAUGGUGGCAUUCGAUCCAAGAUAGCGCGAAGGAACAGACAUCCAGACGGUCAUGAAAGGACAUUAUCCUGUAAUGAUCGGCUGUAUCACGUGUAACAACCGGCUCGGGAUCGAUCAGAAUGGGAUUGAUUCGAACUCUGAAUGAUUGCGAUAGAUCGUCAACAUCGGAAUUUAACACACAUCACGGGAAUGGCAUAUAUGACAUGAUCUCUGCCGUUUGCCCAUGUAUUAUUAUAGAGCACUCGCGGCAAAAUCUUCGAACAAAGAGGGUAAAAAUCGAUGCAGCGUUUAACUAGGGAUAAUUUUUUAGCAGUCGAGCCAUUACCACUUGGUGGAUCUGCCACCACGUAAACACGGGAAGAAAUUGGAUUCUAAGCUUUCAGGGUGGGUCAAGUCGGGAGGAGACUUUCCAGUUGCGAUAGUUUCCCAGUGGCCAGUAGGUACACUGACUUUGGUUGCACUUAAGUCCCAGGCACUGGAUUCAUCGCUUGCAUCGGCGCUUGGUGGCGCAGCUGGUAGCAUUUAAUGAUGUUUUUGCUGGUAUUUGAUUCGUUUGAUGAAGCGGCUUUUUGUCUGAUUCCCAGUUGCGGGACUUGGCUGCUGUUUGCCACUUUUCGGGUCAUAGGUACACCUGGGGCUUUUCUGUUGGGCAACGUCGCCCCUUGCUUUUCGGCAAUGUGGCGCUAAGUUCGCAAGUGAUAGCCAAGUCCCGGGUGAGAUUCGGCACUCUGGUGGGCGGUGGUCGUGGUCGUGGACGAAAAUUCGAUUCAAUUUGAUGUCGGGAUAAAGAACUGCUAGGUUUUAUUCGUCUCUUUCGGUGUGUUUUUUCUAGCGAAUUCAUCAGCUCGAUAAUGUUGGGAGCUGUUAGAUCGGCCAUGGUUGUGUAUUCAACAGUGUGAGUAGCGGAUAGGCGGGGGAUGAUGAAUUUUGAGUGGAGUGUAGGGCUGGGGAAGAUGGACCAUCAGUGUUUUACAGUACCUGUGGUGGCAAGAGGGCAGUUGGGAUCAGCAUACGUUGAGUUUCCUCUUGAAUCUGGAAUGCACUCGCUGGAUACUUGCAAUCCGAUUCCUUCGCAUGAGAUUGGUCUCAAGUUCACGUCCGAACUCAUUUUGAAAAGCUAUGGUAGAGACUGCGCCAGGAAGUGGGAUAUGGUUGCACUUUGAUACGAAACCUACUUUAAAGCCUCAGGAUUCAGACCACACCACCAAAAUUUACGAAUUUGCAGGCGAAAGGAGAUCUAUACCAGGAAUGGCCUUACAAAGACUGAAGCUAGUUGCUAGGAGGGAUUGUUUUUCUUAAGUGACUUCAAAGACGGAUUUGCAAUUCGUUGCUGAGAUUUGAGAUUUUGGGAGCGAGGGAGAUUUCGUAGAGAGUACAAGGUUUGAGAGCUCGGUUUGUGAUGGAGAGAGAGCUGAUCGACAGGAGGCGGUGGCCGUGGAAAAGUCGCAAGAACUUUAAUGGCCUCAGUACCGGUAGCGCUGAUAGCGCAUCGUCGCCUGCUCCCGUCAAGCUUUUCGAUGAACAGGAAGUGGCAAGGAUACUUCAAGACCAGGUCCGAACUGCGGAUGACCAACUGGUGGAGGCUCUACAAGCAGCCGAAGCUAAAUACUCACAGAGAGAAAAGGCGCUGAACCUCAAGAUUGCAGCUGGAAACGAGAAGCUCACGUCCGCCCUUGCAGAGAUCACCAUUAAAGAUAACUUAGUCAAGCAACAUAUAAAAGUUGCCGAAGAAGCUGUCGUUGGUUGGGAGAAAGCAGAGACGGAGGCGGCAGAGUAUAAGGCGGAACUCGAAGAUACCUUACAAAAACGACGGGAAACGGAGGAACACGCCAAGCAUCUUGAUGGCGCCUUGAAAGAGCUCAUGCAGCAGCUUCAUUGCGGACGUGAGGAGCAUGAGAAGCAGCUGCACCAAACAAUUGUGAAAAAAACCCGAGAUUUUGACAAAGUGAGACUAGAGAUGGAGGCCAAAUUGGCAGAAGCGUCCAAAUCUUUGUCUGACAAUCGAACGCACAUGAUUGAACUAAAAGCCGAAAAUGAGGCCAUUAACCAUGCUCUACAGGAUCGUUCUAGGAUGAUCGCAGAACUGAAUGACAUAAGAGCUCACGUAGAGUCUGAAAUCAAAAUUCUUCGGGUGCGGUUUGAUGGGCUGGAGAAAGAAAAUUUUGAUCUCAAGUACAAGCUUCACACUGUCACCAAGGAGCUUGAGAUAAGAUCGGCGGAGCUUGAAUAUGGGAAGAAAGCCUCGGAUGUGAUGUCCCGGCAUCAUGCAGAUAGCCUCAAAAAGAUUGCCAGGCUUGAGGAUGAGUGUAAUCGUCUCCGCAUGAUGGUCCGCAAGAAGCUACCAAAUCCUGCAGCUAUUGUGCGCAUGAAGCAGGAACUAGAUUCUCUGGCGAAGGAAGCAGGAGAAUCUGCGACGCCAAGGCAUCGCCGCCGCCAAAGCAUGCUCCGAAGUCAGAGUGGGGGAGUGGAAUUUUUGCCAAUACAUGAACUGGUGGUUGUGGAUGAGGCUCAGGACCUCCAAGAGGCGAAUGCGGAGCGAAUCGCAAACAUGGAUGAGGAAACGCGAAUGUUGAAAGAAGCUUUGGCUAAACGGAACGACGAAUUGCAAUCUGCUCGUCUCAUGUGUGCCAGAACUGCAAGUCGUUUGACUGCUGUGGAGGACGAGCUGGAAGCCUUAAAAGCAGCAUCUGCAGAGUCGGUAUACAUUUCCAGAGAGAACAGCAUCUCAAAAGAGACACCCAGUGUGUCUUCAUCAUCAUCAUCAUCAUCGCUGCCUGUUUCUGAGUCAAUAUCGAAAAGAGUUCCUUGGAGGGAUGGCGUGCCCAAGCUCGAUCCCUCGAAAAACUCCGUUGAAAUGGAACCCUUUGCACAUUCUCGCUCGUACUCCGAACCACGACUUGGUUUUAAAUCAUUUGUCCAUGAGCUUGCCGUUGAAAACAGUUCUGGAAUUUCCCCGCAGCAGCAGCAUAUUGCAGACCUAGAAAAGGCUUUAGCAGCCAAUUAUAGAGACUUUCAGGCGGCAAAUCGAACUUGUGAAGAAUUGAGAGCGCAGCUUUCUUCUACCGAGAAACAAUUCGCUGCUUUACAAGCCCGAAAUGCAGCAAAUGAGCAGUCCGUCAUUGUCUUACAAGACAGGUUGGACAAAUUGCUGGAGAGUCAGGUAACGGCAGAAAAGUAUCAAACGAACUCGGCAGAUGCUGCAUCCCCCGAGGCAAGCAUAUCUCAGUUUCAAAUGGAAUUUGCGACAACAGCUAAGUGCGUGAUCCAAGCCACCGAGGCUCUUGUCCGAGCUUUAGAAAUUCAUAAUGUUUCCGCGGCAGAAGCAGAGGGUGCAUUCGCCUUCGAGCCAAUCGUUAUGCCUAUCCAUUGGAAAGAAUCUAAAUUGGAUAGUUCCAUGAGUAGUUCAUCGCUGGCCGCUAACAAGCUCCAAGAGAGGGAGAGUGACGUUCACUCUGUACUCAGCUUCAUGUCGAAGCUCUCAUCCAACCUUACUUGCAUUGCUGAGCUUUCCACUCUUGUUAUCAAGGAUCUGAGAAAAGAUAGUGAAGCAGUGCGUCUGUGUCUAGAUUCAGCCAACGCGCAAAUAUUUCAAUUACAGGAGAUUACAGGUAAGAGUCAGGAGGACCGAGUUGCAUCAGAGAUCCAGGUGGAGGUGGAAUUAAACCGGAUCUCUGACCUGGAGAGAAUGGUCUCGCAACUACAGACAGAAAAAGCUGAAGCUCUUCGCCAAGUCUCAGACGUGGUGACUCAGCUUCGUGAAGCCAAGGAGAAGGUAGAUGCUUUAAGUGAUCAAUUGAAAGAAGCUGAAGUUCUAAUUGCGUCGCUACGGCUUCAGACCGACCACCAGAAGCAGGAAGACGAGUUAAUUGAGGAAGAAUUGUUGGAGCUAUCGUCCUCGCAUCCUGGUCUUGCGAAGAUGUGUGCCGCAGAUGCUGAAAUGAACGGACUUCAUUCUAAAUUGGCAUCAUUGGAAGUUGAGUUGCUUGGGGAGCGUCGACGGCACCACGAUUUUAUUGCAAAGCUGGAGGAUCUGCAACAACAGAUCCAUAGGGGCGUUGGACGGGUUUGUCCUUCGCGAAGCUUGCACAGUGAUGAAAUUUCAGAACCAUUCUUGUCAGACGAGGCUGGCAGUAACGCUCGACAGAUUGUGCAUGAGCAGGAAAGGGAGAUUGCAGCAGCUGCUCUAGCUGAAUGCCAACGGACCAUCUUGGCUUUGGGCAAGCAGUUGAAGAUAUUGGGGUUCUCAGAAUCCCGCGAACUCACCGUCCGUGCAACAGACUCACCGGAAUCCAUUAAGAGAAUGACGGAAACCAUGGAGCUCCUCCGAUGGCAUGCAGAAUCCGGCGACCAAGGCCCGCCCCAAAUGAAGAAAUCCUCAACUGCGGAGAGCAUCGCAGAUGGCCCUGUCUCUGUCCCUGCAUCCCCUGCACGUUCAGAUCAUCUGGAAGCCCCUUCCACUCCCGAAUCGCCUGCAACGUCAACAUUGCGGCGCAGUGUUCGCACUACUCGUCCUUUCCAACUGCCCAAAAUCCCUGGCACCAAUUGCAAUGGCGAGGUGAUCUUGUCAAACGCAAACGAAUCCGUGGAAUCGUCAAAAACAGCUGCUACUUACACGCGAUUUCAUGCCCGAUCGCCAAGUGAAAGCAGUCUCUCAUCUGGCCACUCUAACGGCAACUAACCCAAAGAAUUUAGCUGAAUGUACAUUGUACGAUUAGUUUUUUGUUCACAAUUGAAUCCUCGGAGUUAGAGGUAGGCAUGAAGGCAUGUAGCAGAGUAUAGUCUAAGGUGAAAUAAAGACACUUAAUUCUUCUUGUGCACAAUUGACACGAAAACAAUCAAACCAACCGUGAAUUGUAUUCACUUUGUAACUAUCAAA